CUGGGAUACUUGCUUAAUUAAAUAGUUUUCUCUCUAUAAAUACAAUUAGAUGCUGCACGUAGCAUGCAAGCAUAAUCAUAUCCCAAUCAAUUUCUUUGUUCGAUCUUCAACUAGUCUAGCUUAUUCAUGGCUUUAAACACUUUCUUUAUUUUUAUGAUCUUAUUCGCCGGCGGGCUGUCGUUCCCGGUUCCGGCGGAUCAUUACUAUCAAAUAAAUUUACCGAACGGAAUCGUUGGCCCGGAGAGUAUUGCUUUUGACUGUAACGGAAGAGGACCAUAUGUCGGUGUUUCCGAUGGGAGAAUCUUAAGAUGGGAGGAAUCUGUCCGAGAUUGGACUGAAUUUGCUGUCAUCACACAUAAUAGGAAUAGACAAUUGUGUGAUGGAAUAACUGACACCCGAAGGGAGCCAUUUUGUGGUCGACCGCUCGGAUUAAAGUUUCAUCCAAAGACUUGUGAACUAUACAUAACUGAUGCUUAUUUCGGGUUGAUGAAAGUGGGACCGAAUGGCGGGAUUGCUACCCAACUUGCAAAUUCAGCUCAAGGACAUCCAUUCAUGUUCCUUAAUGAUCUAGACAUCAAUCCUAUUAAUGGAGCUGUCUAUUUUACCGACAGUAGCAUUCGCUAUCAACGAAGGGACUACUCAAAGAUAAUUUCCACAGGAGAUAGUACAGGAAGGUUGCUAAGAUUUGACCCAAAUACCAAACAAGUGCGUGUGUUACACGAUGGCUUAGCAUUUCCAAAUGGGGUCGUUUUGUCUAGGGACAAUUCGUAUCUUCUUGUAGUUGAAUCACAGAAAAAUCAAAUCUUAAAAUUUCCGCUUUCGAAUAACAGAACAAGAACUCCAAGUGUCUUUGCAAGGGUUGACAGGUUUGCUGAUAACAUCAGAAGGAAUGGUCAAGGAGAUUAUUGGGUUGCACUAAAUACAGCAAGAGAAGGAUACACUGAACCAGUUGGUUUGAAGUUUGAUGAAAAUGGUAGAUUGAUUCAAGUAGUGAAUGGUGAUAUUGGAAAUACUCUAGAGUUUGUCAGCCAUGUUGAAGAACACAAUGGAAGAAUGUGGUUUGGAUCUCCGAGACAACCAUAUGUUGGCACUAUUAUUAGAGUUUAGAUUUUAUUAACUAGUUAAAUAGGUAUUUGUUUUGAUUAAUAUUAUCAUACGAAUUCUUCCUAAUUGAAGACAAAUAUGUUUCAUGGAACUUCUUGUUGGUUAUUUAUAAAUUCAUGUUUUAAGGGCAACAAGUUAACUACACACUUUCAGCAUAUUGUUAAUGUGAUAUUUAAUAAAAUUCACAUCUUAUAUCCAAA